AUGGGUAGCUAUGAGUAUCAGAUCGGGGUCAUGGUCAUGGUCAUGGCCAUGGCUAUGCUGUGUUUAGUUGGGGUGGUGAUGUCCAGCCAAGAUGGAUGGGAUAAUGCUCAUGCAACGUUUUACGGAGGCGAUCAUGGAGAAGGCACCAUGCAAGGAGCUUGUGGGUAUGGCGACCUAUUCAAACAAGGCUACGGGCUGGAGACGACGGCGUUGAGCGUGUCCCUCUUCAACGAUGGCAAAACCUGUGGAGCCUGUUACGAGCUCCAGUGCUAUGACUCGCCGUGGUGCAAGCCCGGCACGAUCAAAGUCACGGCGACCAACUUGUGCCCGGCGAACUACACCCAGAAAACCGGGAACUGGUGCAACCCGCCUCUCAAGCAUUUCGAUCUCUCCGUGCCCAUGUUCACAAAGAUAGGCGUAUAUAAGGCCGGCAUCAUCCCUGUGAAAUACCGCCGCAUCCCGUGUGUCAGGUCUGGAGGCAUCAAGUUCGAGAUCCAAGGCAACCCAUGGUGGAUGCUUGUGUUAGUUUACAAUAUAGCCGGCGACGGGGACGCCACCGACGUUAAGAUUAAGGGCUCCAACACUGGCUGGAUCCAGAUGACGAGAAACUGGGGCCAGAAGUGGCAGACAUGGGUUCAGUUGAAUGGGCAGAGCUUGUCGUUCCAAGUGACUACGAGCGAUGGUAAGAUGGUCCAGUCCGAUGAUGUUGCACCCAAGGACUGGCAGUUUGGUCAGACGUUCGAGGGUAAACAGUUCUAA